AUGGAUGACAGGCGCGAGGCUAAAAGAGCCCGCCAGGCGUGUCUCAACUGCAGAAGAAAGAAGACGCGCUGCUCGGGGGAGAAGCCAGUGUGUGCCUUUUGUGCGCGCCUGAAUCAGCGCUGUACGUGGGAUGGCGACGAAGAUGCCUCGCCUGAGCGACUCGUGGACACGGGCCGAGCCCCAUCCUCGUCAAGUACAGCCGCUCACAAUGCAAGUCUCGCUGCAAGAGUCGCUUUGCUCGAGUCUCGGCUGAGCUUUCUGGACGCGGACAAUGCUUUCAAUCUGUUCGCUUCCGUGUCGCCACAGACGACAAUCAAUCAGUCAGCCGACCAGCCUCCUGUUGUCGACGAGAUCGUCCGGACGAAUAGCGAUUUCGCCUUCCUCCCAGAUCCCGCAAUCUUUAGAUCUCUUGUUCAAAUCUACUUUGAUCGUUGUCACAACCAGCCUUACGCAUUUUUCCAUGAAGACAUGUUUCGCCAUGACUAUGAAUCCGGAGCAUUGCCAGAAUAUCUACUCUAUGCUUUUGCUGCUGCUGCCUGCCGCUUCUCCGACCAUGAAUUCUAUCAACAACGUCGUGGCGAGGCUAUAGAUGCCUACGCCCAGGCGUCCUUUGGGCAGAUAUUCGAGCACUCAUUCUCAGACGCCGAGAGCUUAGAGCCAUGGAUGGUGGUAGCUUUGGCCAUGUUGGCGAUUGUUGAUUUCGCAGCCGGACGUCCAAAGAUCGGCUGGGUGAAACUGGCUCUAUCGUGUCGGUUCGCACAAGCCCUGCGUCUGAACGAAGAGCCCGACCAACAACUUCCCGUCCACGAACAAGAAGAGCGGCGUCGAAUAUUCUGGUCCGUCUAUCUACUCGAUAUCAUCAUGUCAGUCGGGCCCAACCGGCCUCCCUCACUUCUCGAUGAAGACUGCACCGUCCGUCUUCCAUGCCAUGAAGGUCUUUUCAGAGAUGGGCUUGAUGGCGGCCCUGUGCCAAUUUUGACCGCUGUUGUUGAAAACCCGUCAGGUUCCAACCACCAGAACCUGGAUCCCUUUGCCAUGACCAUAAUCAUGGCGUCGGCACUGGGCCGAUUUAUACGGUUUAGCUUGAAGCGCACUUUGAACACGACGCACGUCCUCUGGGAUCCACGGUCAAAAUAUUAUGAAGUACAGAGCAUCUUAUUGUUCUACGAAAGCCACUCGCCAUGUGCCUUUAGCACCAUUUCCGAGGCGCUAAAUCGACAGCCUUCGUUCACCGAAUCCGCAUCACCGUCACAAGUCAGUCACAUUGUCUACGCUCAUGCCCUCUAUCACCUCAACAACUGUCUUCUCAACCACCCAUUCAUAUUAUACCGCUUCUUCCAGGCUUAUACAUUACCCGUCCCUCUAAGUUUCGUGCAAGAAGCGCUACAAAGAUGCCAAAAGCACGCCACAAACCUCCUUGAGCUUCUCGACGAUCUGGAAACGUAUGGCCCCCUUAGCCAUCCCAGCUUUUAUGGGUAUUGUGCAAUGGCGGCAGGGGUGAUACAUAGCAUAUAUGAGAAAAGCGAUGACGCAGAAGUCGCGCAGAAUUCGAGGAAACACGUCCAGGCUGCGCUGAAAUUUCUACAACGUGAACCGGUGCGAUGGGGUCAUGUGAGCUACAUGUGCCAUGAUAGGCCAAACAAAUUGAAGAAUGUGCGCUAA